GACGAGGCCACCGGACGUGACCCCUCCCGGCAGAACACCGUUACUGGUGGCUUCGGGGAGGACUUGAAAGCUGAGGUGGAGCAGGCCCAGGAAGGUGAGUUUUUGGAGGGUGAGGAGGAGGAGAUAGAAGAGGACGAAGAGGAUCAGGUUGCAGAUCCUGAGAUCUACCGGGCUGAGUGCACUCCGCACAAGGACAAGGGUGGGCAUAUGGCUUUGGAGGAUGCAGAGGCACUUCAGGAUGAAAAACCGGGGUGUGCCAAGGAGGUGAAGGGGGAUAAGCCAGCAGAGCAAGCGAAGUCUGCUGGGGAGGUUAAGGCGGAUGAGACAGAGCAGGCGAAGUCUGCAGGGGAGGUUAAGACGGAUGAGGCAGAGCAGGCGAAGUCUGCAAUGGAGGUGGAGGUAGACCAGGAGCAGGGUGGGAAGAGCCACGAUGCCGCUAAGGAGCAUGAAGGCCUGAAGGUCAAGUCCAAGCCGGUCCCUCGGAGCUUGGCCCAAGCUGCAGAAGAGCUAGCAGCCAAGAUCGAGAAGGAAGCUGAGGGUCAGCCUAGCCUUCUGGAG